UGCAGGAGGAGGAAACAACAACAAUAAUUCUGCAUGUACAGUCAAGAAUGAUAUACCGAAGACUACAGCUCUUCAGUCAGUGAGGAGCUAAGAAUCCUACAGCAGGGGAGCUAACAAUCCUACAGAGAGCGACCAGACUAUAUGACAACUUCUAUUCCGGCACAUGAUAUUAAAUCACAAAGUACAGGAUGGGGAACGACAACAGCCACAAUAAAGAAGAGCCCCCGAAAGAAUCCACAGCUAGUCCAAAAAUUACCAGUACACCUCCACCUCCUGAAGAUGUCCAUGAGGAAUUCCAUCCAUCUCUAGAAGCCAUUCCUGGCCUAUAUCCUCAGUGGAAUCCUGACAGUUACCAAGAACUUCAACAGGUGGAAGAAGAACAACAAGAGAAGGAAGAAUCAUUUCCCUCAUUAUUUUCCGAAAAGCUGAGUGCCUCUGCAACAAAUUCAAGGAGCGGUGACGUUACAUUGCAGCAUAGUGUUUGGGGGGAAGGACAGCUGCUUCCUGCCCUUCCGCAGACUGAUCUUUAUAUAGAGGGACUGGAAUAUAAAGAAUCUGGGCAGAUUUCACAGCCUGGCACCAUCAGAACCCUCACCAUUGAAGAAGGAUCAAGGGAUGAAGAACUUUCUACAUCAGAAGAUAUAGGAUUAAUAGGGAUUCUUAGAGAAUGGGGACAGCAAGUAUCGCCAGAAAUGGUCUUUAAAGAAAAGGAGGAAAUUAUGCAACCAGAGAUACCGGAGAUGCCAAACCUAGCACAAUAUUUAUUGGAAAAACAAGAUCCAGAUACUGAUAUAUCAUCUGUAAGUAAAUUUAAGAGCAAUGAUGCUAUAAUGCAGGGUGACUUCAGUCUUGGCAGUCCAAGUGUUCUUCCUCUGACUUCCACACCACAGCUGAUUCCAGCAUCCAUGGAAUUAUUCUCAAGGAAUGCAGCACUGUCUCCGCCAGUUGGAAUGUUCCAAGAACCAGACAACACCUGUAAGCAUACAAAAGAAGAUAGCAAGGAUAGUAAUACUGAUCAGGGAGAACAGAAAGGAUCAUGGAAUAGUAGAACUUUAACUACAGAUGGUGUAAAUAGCCAGACAUGGGGGCAGAGCCACUUAAUCUUGCCUUUUACAACAGAUGGGAGCUCAGACAAUGAUAAAGAUAAACUCCCUAUACCACUCAGCCUUAAAAAAGAGAGAGAAUCCCCUACCACUGAGAGCUCUCAGCCCAAUCUGGUGGUGUCAGAGCUCAAUACUUUUUGUGAUAAUCUUGUUACAUCAUUGGUUAAUCAACAACCUCUGCUUGGGGUGACAGAACCAGAAAGUCUUCAGGGACAGAUGGGUGAGACAACAGGCUAUUACUGUUCUCCUUUUAAUCUACCUGAUAAGUUAGAGGUAGACAAUGAGGAAUGGCAUGACGCAACAGGAUAUGUAAAAGAGACAAUGUUGGCAGAAAACAUUCAACCUGAAAGUGCAAAACAUAAUGAUAGUGAGGAGCAUGGCUUGCUAAAGACGUCCACAAUAGAUGAUGGGAAUUUUACAAGUAAAGACAUGAUAAACUAUGAAGUAAAGACAAAGGAUUUGAAAAAUAGCAUUGAAAAUGACAUUUCUGCUAAUCAAUUGCCCCUCGACAUUAUUCAAAGUCCAAUAAUACCUGAGACAGAAAAUACCUUAUAUACUCCUAUUUACAUGACUGACAGUCUAAAUGAGGGCAUAAAUCAGGUUACUCUGGAAGGCACUGCAGUCCUUGUAGAUACAUCUCUGGACCCACCACACGAGAAAACUUCAAGUGAUCCAAUACAAAUAGUCAACCAGACCAAAACAGUUAAAGAUAUUCCAUCUCCGAUCUCUGUGACUAAUUUACUUUUAGAAGAUGUGCCAACCUUUUGCCUGAAUUCUGCAGAACUACAUCUGGCAGCACCAAGUCCAGAUAUAAAGGAAGGCAUUGCAAUAGGUGCAGCCAUAUCUAGUAAAGACCAAACACUCAUUUCACUAUCCCUUGAGGAGGAUGAAAACACUCCUACAAGCCAUACUGUACUGAUAUCUCAGCAAAAUACUGAAUUUAUUCCACUGAGCCUUACUGGGAAUGAGUUGACAACAGUGAGACUUAGUAUGGACAUGGAGAAAGUGACCACCGGAGAAAAGGGUAAUACUGGAUAUGGUGUCAAUAAGGGCGUAGGUGCAAACACCCAUCAGAAAAAUACAUUAAACACUGAUACAGACAGUAAUUUAUCUAUUUCGGCAAGCUCUCAUAAUAUAGGACACUCCCUGGGCACGUCAGAAGAAUCUUUCCAUGCAGUUUCUGAAACUUUUUCAAAAGGAGAAGAGGUGAAUUUUCUCCCUCCACAGGAGCAUUGUCAUGAGAAUAAGCCAGACCAUAAAUAUUUAUGUCCGAAUGAAGAAAGUUUGCCAACUGAAAAGUCUGAGACAUUUUCAGUAGAAACCAAAAUGGAGACUAGCCAAAACCAAAGUGGAAAUGACAUCUGUUUAAAUACUAUGCAUCAAAGACAAAAUCCUGAUAUUAAUGCAAUGCUACAAUCAUCUAUCCUGUCUGAUGUGGAAAACCUGAACCACAGGCCAGAUUGUACCCUAGGGGAGUCAUCCAAGGUUCAGCUAGAGCAGAAUGUGUCUGUCAUAACUCCAGUAGAGUUUAAAAUAGUAGACGCUAGCCCAAACCUGGAAAGCAGGUCUACAAAGAAAAAGGAGGUUCCCAUGAUCACAUUGAGUCAGCAAGAAAUCGCGUCCUCAGAGGACACUCCCUACCUUGACAAUGCUUUGUACCCUAGCAAAGCCCUUGAGGAGAAAGUGCAAGAUGAACCUUUAGCAUCAACAUCAGAGCCUUUGGAAUACAUAUCAGAUUCUCCUUCCACGAGUGAUGAAACAGGCAAAUCCUUUUCUACAACUUUUAAAGAAGCUGGCAUUAUGGAUACUAUAGAUGCUUUGGGGCUCUUGGAGAACAACAUUUUGCUAUGCAGUCAGCAAGGUAAAGGCAUGAUACCAGAAAAGAAACAGUCCUUGAAAAGUUUAGAACUUUCUUCUGACAUAGAUGACAAUACCGAGGAUGAAAUACCUGCCACUCUAGCUCAACUAGAAGAGUCUCCAGAUGCUGGUACACAACACAUACUAAAUAAUAAGUCAACCCAACUUCAGAGAGCAGGUGACAACUUCAGUGCCACAGAAACACAAAAGGAUGGCUUUACAGAGAAACCCCAUACUGAGAUAGAUGUUGGCACUAUGGAUGAAGUUGAAGUAGUAGCUUUUCCCACAGAUCUACGUAAUACAGAGAAUGCAGCUAAUCUCCAGUGUGGUCCAGUCCAGAACCUUCAGCCUGAACAUACACAAUUAUCCACAUUAUCAGCACCAGAUAAGAACCUUUCAUCUGAUCAUGAAGUUUUAGAUGUUCCUAUUCAACCCAGUGAUAAUGAAAACAAUGGGAACCCUUUACCAUCCAUUUGUUCAGAAGCUGAAACCCAGGUAUGUGAUGAUCGUACAGUCAAGAUUGAACAAUCUGAUAAAACUGAAAGUAUUUCUAGUAAAAAUGUAUCUGAAGAGAUCCUUAAAAACACAGAUGAGGAUCAUCAGGUUUUGUCUACAGAUAUUAAACCUAUUAUUGACACCACUGAGGCAUCAGUUCUUAACAACUCUGAUAUUGAAGCAGUUCAAUCUUUUACUGCCCAUAGGAAUUAUCCUGAAGAAACUGAGAAUGCCGAAGAUCUGAUUGCAUGUUCCUUUGCAUUUGUAGAGGAACAACAGCCUACAGAAGAAUCAGAUCUUCCUAGAUUAUUGGUAAAAGAAAAAGACUCCAAGCCUUACCUUCUGUCCGAAGCUGAACCAACUGCAAAAUCACAGAGUUUAAUAGAGGAAGCAAAUGAGCAAGAUAAGAAAAAUUGUAAAAAUGAUGUACAAGAGUCCAAACAAGAGAUUGAAUUAUGUCCGUCAGUUUCGGAUGACCACAAAGAUAUUCUGCAUGGCAUUCAGACGGAUGGUUGUGUAGUGUCUAUAGCUGAAAAAGAUCAGUUAGAAAGAGAUUUACCUUUUAACUCCGUACAAAUGGAAUGUACCAAUGCACAUAGUGUUAGCACAGAAAAAUCACAGGAAGCAUUUCACAUUCUGCAUCAUAAUACACUUAAGGAAGUACACCCUCAAGAGAAACAUCCUGAAAUGGCUUUUGAAAGAAUACUUAACCUCAGUCCUGAGGGAAAAGUAAUGACCCAUAGUUCUCAGGAGCACACAAGCGAUGCGGUCAAGGAUACUGUAAGCACAGAAAUUGUCCCAGAACAGAAUGCAAUUGAUAUUCUCAAUACAGAUUCAGUGGGUACAACCUCCAAGGCCCACAAUGGUUACAUGAAGAGUUUAGAAUCUGCUCUUGAGCAGCAUGCCCCCUCCAAAGACGAGACUGAAUUUCCUUCAACAGAACCAAGUCAGAUAAGUUUAGGAACGACAACUGCUGACUCUAAACUAGUGAAACCUUGUGAAGAAGCAGAAGCACCCAACAUCAUCAGUUCUGGGGCUUGUGAUGGACAUGAAAUGACUCUUUCAGCCUUACAACCUCUUCUAGAAGAGAAUAAACAGAACUAUGAAGAUACAACAAUAAAAUCACAAAUGAUCAACAAUGACUUGACAUCUGAUCAUCUAAAACUUGUACCUGAAGAAAAGGAAAAUAAAGCAUGUGAAGCUAUAUCAGAGAAGUCUGACCCUACUAUAAUAGAAGUACACAUUGUUUCAGAAAAGACAGAAGCGCUCAUUUCUGAUCAAUUAACUGUUAAAGAGACAGAUAUUCUUUCUGACAUGUCAGGUUUCACAGUUAAGGAGACAGCAAUCCUAUCUGAUGAACCACAUUUUCCUUCAGAGCAGGCAAAUGAUGUAUCUACAGCCAUAAGCCGUCCUUGUGAUGACUUGGCAAUUUCAGAGCCGUCUGCAAGUUCUGCAGAGUCUAGUAUUCCAAAAAAUACAGUUCAUCCAGAACUAGUCAGUGAAGAAUGUAGUCAUUGUCCAGAUGAAAAAGUAAAUUUACAGAAAAUAGAACAACCUGAACAAAUGGUACUAUCUGCAAACCAAGAAAAAGUAUGCACAGUCUUUGGACCAGCAGAAGUUGACCAAAGCGAAGACAAGAAACAUUCUACUACUUCACUAACUGAAACUGAUCUACCAGUUUCUGACCUUAUUUUUUCUAGUGCUUCUCAAGAAAAGUCACUUUCUUCUCCAAGUGAACCAGGACCUUCUUCUCCAGUGAUUAGAAGCCCAACUUUUCCAACAUCAGAUUCUUAUAGCUUUACCCAGAAACUGCGGAGUGUCCUCCACUCUGAUCGGCCAGUCACCAAAAAGACUGUGAAAGUUACCCCGCCUGAGCCACUGGAGCUCCCCUCAAGUCCAAGGAUGCUUCCAGGAGGAGCCACCAGUGAAAGGAGCUCCGAUUCUGAAGAAGCUUUUGAGACCCCAGAAUCAACAACCCCAGUAAAGUCUGUACCACCAGUCCCUAUUCCUACACUGCCAGAGAUUCAAGACCAGCAACCACAGCAACGUGAAGAAGAAGAGACUCCUUACUUUCUACCCAAGCCUCAAGAACAAGAUUUGGUCCCAAAUUUGGAAAGCACAGAAGCUCCUGUUGAGACUGCACCAGAGAACUUUACAGAUUCUCCUUUUCGCCAGCCGUCUAGAUCAUUUUCUGUGGUGUUUGAUGAAGACAAGCCUAUAGCAAGUAGUGGAGCAUACAACUUUGAUUCAGAGUUACCAGAAGUCAUUCCUGCUUCCUCAGAGGCUCCCUCCAAAACUCGUCGAAAAUCCACAGACUCAGUUCCUCUCAGCCGCAAUACUUUGUCUAGGUCUCUUAGCUUACAAGCUGCAGACUUCCAACUUGAAGAAUUGCCUAACUAUCAAGGAGGAUCUGGCAGUGCUUGCAGUACUUUGCGUAGGACAAAAAAGGCACGGCCAGCAUCCCUAAAGAAGAAGUCUGGAAGUACUAAGAAACAAGUCGAAGCUUUCAACACUGAUGACUCUAAAGAGACGAGUCAGACAUUAUCCGGACAGUCACAAGAAAUAGAAGUGGAUAGAAAUCUGCAGGGGCAACUUGCACCAUCCCUUCCUCCUCCUCCUUCUGAAACAGAUGCUGAUUUGCCAGUAGCUGGAAAAGAGGAAAGUUUACCACCCUCAGCUCCAGAGUUGUCCCAGACAGACUCCCAACUAAGUGGAGUUGCAAGUUCUCCUCCUGUUGAGAUCUCUCAAACACAAGCAACAGGAAGGGUGUCUCCACCUAUACCUACCCACCAAAAACUUGAAGCGGCCCCCAGUGGCCCUGAAAUACCAGAAAACCCUGCAGUGAUCGGUCAAUCAGUGAGGCUGGAGUUCGAUUAUUCUGAGGAGGCACGUGAGGGUCAGCCUCCCUCAAGAAAAGGCAAGAAACCCACAGGCAAAAUGCCACUGCGGAAACCCAAGCCCAAAAAGGCUGUGGAAAAGCCUGACGCUCCUCCUGGAGCUCCUAGUCCUAUUCCAAAUGAUCCUGAUGAUACUCCCAUUCCCAAAGGAUCUUAUGCCUACAAUUUGGAUCAGUGGGAUGAUCCGAAUUUUAACCCCUUCUCCUCCAGUGGAAAAAUGCAAGACUUGCCUUCAUCUACACAAGAACCUCUCCCUGAACCACCUAAACCCAUUGUUCAGAGGUCAGAGUCCCCUGCUAAGGCACCGGCUUCUUUUGAAAUAAGUGCUGAACAGAAUGGGGAAAGCAAUAAGCCAGCCAAGAAAAAGAAGACUCCGUUAAAAACGAUGGUUGAAGAUGUCGUGUCUGUCUGUUCUCUCUUUGACACAUUUAGGGUGAAGAAAUCACCGAAGCGAUCUCCGGUCACUGAAAAUGGCUCCGAGGAACUCACAAUACUUUGUAAAUCCGACACUCCUCCUGUAAUAUCUUCAGAAGAACAUGCUACUGAUGAGGAAAAGCUGGCCUCUUCGGUCAGUAGCCAGAAAUGGACUUGCAUGGCAGUGGACCUAGAACAAGAGAAGCAGGACUACCCCCAGCCUUCUGACUUGUCCAGCUUUGUCAAUGAGAACCAAUUCCACAGUUCUUCAGAUGAUAUAGAUUAUGGAAGUUCAUACAGUAUAGAAUACAUGGAGAAGACCGGCUCCCCGAUCCGCGACAUGCCCCAGACGCAGUCUAUGUAUCUUAUGUUUGAGGCACCGCAGGAUUGCCAAGGCAAAACACCAGCCAAGUUUUUAGACUCUUGCUCUCCAGGAACCGACUCCACGUUUGAUGAAAUGGAUCCUAACCUGCGGUCAGUGCAGUUACCCAUCUCAAGAUCUCCACCUAUUAAGCAAGACAAUGCACGACAACCUGUGGAUAGGUCAAGGCAGAGAGAAGAUGAGCCAGAGGUGCUUGGGAGUGGCAAAAUGGAACUGGGCUCUCCCGAGGACGACUAUGUGGCAUCUGAGGCCUUAAUAUCACGGAUUGCCCACCACACUGCACUUUGCGAUCAACUUAGUUAUUUGGAACCAGAUUUAGCAGAGAAGAACCCACAAGUCUUUGCACAGAAACUACAGCCUGAAAUGUUGGAUUCGGCUGAUAUUGGCCUUUCCCAUAAAUACUCCCUCUCGGUGGCUAUGGAGACAGCUGGAAGUAGCCUCUUACAUACCUAUAAGCAACCUGACCUUGAUGCCGCACUUCAGCUUGCAAGGGAAGAGAUUGCUGCAAAAGAACAGGAGACCAUGGAGUGGAAGAAGAAAUAUGAACAGAGCCAUUGUGAAGUGGUGGAGAUGAGGAAAAUUGUUGCUGAGUAUGAGCAGACCAUUGCGCAGAUGAUUGAGGAUGAGCAGAGAGAGAAGUCUGUUUCCCAUCACACAGUGCAGCAGCUGAUCGUAGAGAAAGAACAAGCUCUCUCCGACCUUAAUUCAGUGGAGAAGUCCCUGGCUGAUCUCUUCCGAAGAUAUGAGAAGAUGAAGGAUGUGCUGGAAGGUUUCAGAAAGAAUGAGGAAGUGCUAAAGAAAUGUGCGCAAGAAUAUCUGGCAAGAGUCAAAAAGGAAGAACAGCGGUACCAUGCCCUGAAAAUCCACGCAGAGGAGAAACUGGACAGGGCUAAUUCAGAGAUUGCCCAGGUUCGUGGCAAGUCUCAGCAGGAACAAGCAGCUUAUCAAGCCAGUCUGAGGAAGGAGCAACUCAAAGUAGAUGCCUUGGAGAGAACCUUGGAACAAAAGAAUAAAGAGAUAGAAGAACUCACCAAGAUCUGUGAUGAACUGAUCGCUAAGAUGGGAAAAAGCUAAUUAGUUUUUUUCCCCAUGGGAUGCUUAGUUUCCUUGCAGAGUGCAAGUGGGAAGAUAUGGAAAAGGAGGUUUUAAUCUUUUAGUUUGUACCUGAAAUGUGGAGAGGAGGCACCUGUGGCGCAGGAAGCGUAUGACGCAAGUUUCUCUCCCACAUGUCCUUCCUGUAUCAGGGAGGCAGAAAACUGGCCCUGAAUCUUCAUGCGUAUUGUCAAGUUUUAUAUGGUUUUCUUCUGAAUCAAGAACAGAGCUGUGAGCUCAUACUAUGGUCCUGCCGGGCAAGACUACAUCAUGUUUCAUACAAAAUUUUUGGGGCACCCUCUUUGCUGGACUUUAUUUAAAAUGGUUGUAAAAAAGAUAGCAAACAAACACUCUUAAAGCUCAUAAUCGCAUGGACAGUGUGCUGUAAAUAAAUCUGUAUUAUGCAAACACUGGAGAACCAAUCUGAUCAUUCUUGUAUUGUUACAAUGUAUUUGUGCUUCUUUUUAUGCAUUAUAUCAUAGGAGAAUGACUUGUCUAUUUAUCGGUUGCACUACUGGCAGCAGCUUCAGUAUUUGCCAAAGGUGCAUACGUUGUGUGCCACUGGCAAUUAAAUGGUUUACCCAGACUAUAUAUUGCA